AUGGCGGCAUUCGUGUUCCAGACCCCCUCGUGUCUCGCCUCCCCACCUUCAGCGACCGCUCCCGCUGCCGCCGCCGCUUUCCCGCCGAAGGAUCGCCUGGUGAUUUCGCCGAGCUGGCGAACUUUCGCACAGCCGCCACGGAUUGGGCGACUGAGUUCGCGACAGCACGGCAAUGACGAGACUGGACGUGGCUCUGAUCGGACGGCGCGGGUUGGUCGCGUGAGGGGCGGCGGUGAUUUGAAGGCGAGAUGCCUGGGGAGGAGAGCAGAAGGGGAGGAGAGAGCUGACGUGGCAGAUAAGGGGGAGACAGCUCAGCUGGAAAAAUCGCUUCUGGCGAACCAAUCUGUGGCUGCCACGUGUAUCAACACCAUUCGCAUGCUGGUGGUGGACGCGGUCAACGCGGUCAACGCGGGUCACCCCGGGUCCGCAAUGGGGCUGGCGCCACUUGGCGCGCUGCUAUUCGCCGAGGAGAUGCGCUUCGACCCCACCGAUCCCGCGUGGCCCAAUCGCGACCGCUUCAUCCUGAGCAACGGCCACGUGUGCCUGCUGCAGUACUGUUUACUCCACUUGACGGGAUAUAAUCUCCAGAUGGAGGGCCUGAAGCGGCUGGCAAAGCUGGGGAGCAAGACGCCAGGCCACCCGGAGAACACACUCACGCCAGGGAUAGAGGUCACCACAGGCCCGCUGGGGCAGGGCUUUGCGAAUGCGGUGGGGGUGGCGGCAGCAGAGGCGCACCUGGCUGCUCGCCUCAACACCGUUGACUUCCCUGACCUCAUUGACCACCACACGUUCGUUGUAUUUGGCGAUGGCUGUGCGAUGGAGGGUGUGGUGAACGAGGCAGCGUCGCUGGCAGGCCACUGGGGGCUGGGCAAGCUAAUCGCCUUCUACGACUCCAACCAGGUCACCAUAGACGGCAGCACGGACCUCGCCUUCUCAGAGGACGUCAUGGGCCGCUUCGACGCACUGAGGUGGCACGUGCAGCGGAUCACACUGCACGACGCCGCCGACCUGGAAGCUCUUCGCACCGCCAUACAAGCCGCCAAGAAGGAAACCCACCGGCCAUCGGUCAUCCAAGUGGACACAGUAAUCGGGUUCGGCUCCCCCAAGAAGCAGGGCACGAGUGCGGCCCACCAUGGGGCGUUUGGGUCCGAGGAGACUAAAGCCAUAAAGAAGGAGCUGCACUGGCCUUACAGCGAGCCUUUUACUGUUCCUGAGGAGGUGUACAGGGCCAUGCAAAAGGCGGCUGCGCGCGGCCAAUCAGUGGCUGCCAGCUGGAGGGAUCGGGCGGCGCAGUACCGCCAACGCCACCCGGACCGGGCGGCGCUUUUGGACGCACUCACAUUGCCUGGGCGGCUGCCAGCUGGCUGGGAGGACUCAUUGCCGCACUUCCAACCAUCAACUCCUCCCGAUGCCACGCGUGGUUACUCUGAAGCGUGUCUCAACGCCCUCGUGCACUCGCUGCCCAACCUGCUGGGCGGCAGUGCUGACCUGGCAUCCUCCAAUAAGGUGGCCUUUCACGGGCUUCCGGACUUCUCCCGGGAGUGCUUUGAGGGCCGCAACUUCCACUACGGCGUGCGCGAGCAUGCCAUGGCUGCCAUCAGCAACGGCCUUGCCCUGCACUCACGGGCGCUCAUACCAGUGGCAGCCACCUUCCUCGUCUUUUCCGACUAUAUGCGGCCGGCGCUGCGCCUCGCCGCCCUCUCCGCCGCCCGUGUGCUCUUUGUCUUUACCCAUGACUCCAUCGGGCUGGGGGAGGACGGCCCCACGCACCAGCCAGUGGAGCACCUGCCAUCCCUCCGGGCAAUCCCCAACCUCCACGUCAUCCGCCCCGGCGACGCCACCGAGACAGCUGGCGCCUACGUGGCGGCGAUCCGGCGCAGCGUGGGGCCCACCGCGAUCCUGCUGUCCCGUCAGAAGCUGACAGCUCAGCUCCGGGGGUCGUGCAGGGAGGGGGUGUUGAGGGGGGGAUAUGUGCUGGGAGGGGAGGGGAGGGAAGAAGAGGAGGAGGGGGAGGGAGGAGAAGGUGGAUUGGAUUUGAUUCUAAUUGGGUCAGGAUCGGAGCUGGUGCUCUGCCAGGAAGCUGCUGAGAAGCUUCGCCAGGAAGGGUACAGCGUGCGGGUGGUGUCGCUCCCCUGCUGGGAGCUGUUCAGGCAGCAGCCUCGGGAGUAUCGGGACGCUGUGCUGCCGCCACGUGUCACCAAACGACUGGCUGUUGAGGCUGCUCGCUCCCAGUCCAUUGCUCGCAUCCCCUCCUCCCACACCCCUCCUCCCACACCCACACGUCCUCAACCCAUCCUCACCCCAUCCUCCUCACCCCAUCCUCACCCCAUCCUCACCCCAUCCUCACCCCAUCCUCACCCCAUCCUCACCCCAUCCUCACCCCAUCCUCACCCCAUCCUCACCCUAUCCUCCUCUGCCCACACACCUUCUCCCAGACCCUUCUUCCCGCACACCCUUUCCUCCGUUGUACCCCUCAACCCACGCCCCUCCUCCCACACUUCUUACUCCACACACCCGUUCCACUCCAUCUCCUUGCACUCCCUCCCGCACACUCCUCUCUCUUCCCCUCUGCUCCCCACACUCCCACUUCCUCACCCUCCUUGCUCAUUCCCCUUCCCUGCCCUGAACCUAGCCCGUUUUACUCAGAUGACGUACCAGCCAGGAUCAGAGUGCAUUGUGCCAUGCGAGGGGCAAGGGAGCGAGGGGCAAGGGAGCGAGGGGCAAGGGAGCGAGGGGCAAGGGAGCGAGGGGCAAGGGAGCGAGGGGCAAGGGAGGGAGGGGCAAGGGAGCGAGGGGCAAGGGAGCGAGGGGCAAGGGAGCGAGGGGCAAGGGAGCGAGGGGCAAGGGAGCGAGGGGCAAGGGAGCGAGGAGCAAGGGAGCGAGGGGCAAGGGAGCGAGGGGCAAGGGAGCGAGGAGCAAGGGAGCGAGGAGCAAGGGAGCGAGGAGCAAGGGAGCGAGGAGCAAGGGAGCGAGGAGAAAGGGAGCGAGGAGCAAGGGAGCGAGGAGCAAGGGAGCGAGGAGCAAGGGAGCGAGGAGCAAGGGAGCGAGGAGCAAGGGAGCGAGGAGCAAGGGAGCGAGGGGCAAGGGAGUGAGGAGAAAGGGAGCGAGGGGCAAGGGAGCGAGGAGCAAGGGAGCGAGGGGCAAGGGAGCGAGGAGCAAGGGAGCGAGGGGCAAGGGAGCGAGGAGAAAGGGAGCCACGGAGCGACACUAAAGGCGUAG